CUUGAGGAUGGCUCGUGUAUUACAGAUUCAAUGAGUGAAAAUGCUAUGCACAGUUUAGACAGAAACGACGAGCCAUGCACUGCUUUUAUUUCGGCCACAAUUAAAUUUCAUGGCGUGGCAGACGAAGUCGAAACGAAAGAGACGUUUGUGGCGAACAAGAUAACCAUGAAACGAGUACCACGACCAGGGUAGGCAGUACACGACACGAAGAAAGCUCUAAGAGAACUGAGAGAAAGUCAAGAGUUCCAGAGAUGGGACCAGACAUGUUCAAUGUACAGUCCAAUAUACAUACAUAUAGAGAGAGAGGCACAAGUCCAGGAGGAUCCCAACUUCGAGCUCAGCAUUUACUUGAGGCAGUUGCAGGUUCUGUUGUUCCAGUUACGCAGAUUUGUUUGGAUCAGCUCACUAGAUUAAUGUCAUUUAUUGUUUCUGGAAAGUUGAAUGCUAGCAUAUCUCCGUGGCUGGUAGGAGCUCCCCUGACCGCCCUCCGCAAGAAAACGGGAGGUUACCGGCCAAUAGCAGUGGGGGAAGUUAUCCGUUGUUUAGCUAGCAGGCUUUGUUGUGCGGCUGCAAAAUCUGGUCUUCCAGAUUUAUUGCUACCAUAUGGUCAAGUGGGUGUCGGAACCAAGGGAGGAUUGGAAGCUGCAAUUCAUACAUUGCGUACUGUCUUCAAGGAGGAAGGUCACGAAGAUGAUCUAUGCUGUUUCAAAGUAGACAUGCAAAAUGCAUUUAAUGAAUGUGACCGUUCAUCGUUUUUGGAACUUGUCAAGGAAGACUUGCCUGAUUUAUUUCCCUAUGUGCAGUGGUGUUACACAACUACAGGAGAAUUAAGAUUUGGUCAACAUCGUAUUUUGUCAACAACUGGAGUGCAGCAAGGUGACCCUCUGGGUCCUCUGCUUUUCUCACUUGUAGUCCUUCAAUUGUUGGAUACCAUUGGUUCAAUCGAUGGACUUUUCCUUCACGUUUGGUAUCUUGAUGACGGUACCUUUGUUGGGACCAGAGACGCUGUGUUCUUCGUUCUUGAAUUCAUUGAUUAACAAUGGACCGUCUUUUGGCUUAAAACUCAACCUGAAGAAGUGCGAAGUCUGUUGGCCGUCAGGUGAUCAAUCAUUUCCUAAGUUUCCAUCACAAAUCCGCCGCAUCUGCAUUGAAGAUACCGGAGUUGAGCUGUUUGGGUCACCCGUCUGUGGAACGGAUGAUUUUUACAGUGCCAUUGUAGGCAAAAGGGUUGACAGUGUGCUUGAAAAUCAAAGCUUUCUGCCAGAAUUCAACAACCCCCAAGUCGAGCUUCAUCUACUUUGCAGUUGCCUCAGCCUCUGCAAGAUCAAUAAUCUUCUCAGAACAGUUCCUCCGGGCACAACUGAUCACCAUUGGACACGCUUUGACACCGGGACUUGACGUUCUCUAGAACUUAUAACUAAGACUUCUCUGCCUGAUGCUUCUUGGCAGCAAGCUACUCUACCAAUGCGCAUGGGAGGCCUGGGGUUGAGACAGGCAGCUACAACUUCGGCUGCCGCUUUUCUUGGUAGCUGUCAAGCUUCUCGGGAGCUUUCAACACGCCUUCUAGUCCAGAACAAGAAGUUGCCUACACCUGUGUUAGUUCCAACGUCACCAAUGUUUGUCGAAUCACCUUGUACGCCGAUAUCCAUCCCAGGUGAAGAAAACGCCCUUGUCCGGUAUAGACAAGUUGUGGCUAGUUACGGCGAGGACGGUCAUCCUAAUAACUCUUCUGGUGAGUCUCAACGUGUAUUACAGAGGCAGCUGGAUGACGCAUUGCUCUCCACCCUUAAAGACACAAGCAGUCUUUGAGACAAGGCACGUCUCAACACAGAGUCGUCAGUUCAUGCUGCAGCAUGGUUACGGGCCAUUCCAAACGUUAAGUUAGGCCUAUCCAUGGCUCCGCAUGAAUUUACAGUUGCUCUGAAGCUAUGGCUUGGAAUUCCGAUUAUUUCUCCUUCACAAUCAAUACGUUGUUCCUGUGGGCGUGUAAUUGAUUGCUUUGGCGACCAUCUUUUUGGAUGUCGUCAUGGUUCUUUACGUUCUAAACGCCACGAUGCACUGAGGGACAUCAUAUAUCACGCAUUACUGGUGGAUAACGAAGGCGCUCAGCUCGAGCAACAUUGUGGUCCAGACAGCAAUAGCCGCCCUGGAGAUAUCUUUCAUCCAGAUUUCGCUGAUGGACGACCAGGUUAUUUCGACGUUUCGAUAAGAAACACCAUGCAGCCGGCGUACGUCGCUAAAUCCGCCAUUUCUGCUGGAGCCGCUGCAAUGGCUGGUGAAGAAGAGAAAGACCAUCGACAGACAGCGAAGUCAAUGCGGCAGGAGGUUACUUCUACCCAAUAAUAGUGGAGUCUUUUGGUUUGUGGACGUCUUCCAGUCUUGCCACUUUGAAGGUUAUCGCGUCCAAGACCACAGCAAAGACCAGAAUAAGUUUUAGUAGGGCAGUCAGUAACUUGCUGCAACAGCUUUCAGUUCGCUUAUUUCAGUUUAACGCACGUAUGAUUUGCACUAGUUUGCGAUUUGACGCUGAGUUUGACUUUUGGGAUUUGCCAACUUUGGCAGGGGACGGG